AUGAUUUCAUUUAGGAGGCUACUGCAGAUGCUUCAUGGGUUAAAGCCAUCGGAGAUUUUUAAGCAAGAUUCUCUUUCACCUGCUAAGAUUACGUUGCAGAUCAUUCUUUUACAAAUAUUUUACUAUAACACUGCUGCGUUUUUAUUUUUCAGUUGGGGAAAACUUGUGGGCUACAAGAUUGAAAUGAAGAAAUGGCUAUUUUCGUCAGAAUAUAUUGAUUUUACCAAUGGAUAUGGACUCACAAUAACGAUUCUUUGGCUCGUGGAUUCUCUAAUAUGUGUCCUAUUUCUGACGGUAAUAGUUGGAAGAAGCAAACUUGCUUGGGAUUUUGCAGUAACUAUCCACGCAAUUGAUUUAAUAGUGGUAUGUUUGUAUACACAUAGCGUUCCAUCGCUAUCAUGGUUUAUUUUACAAAUACUAUCCUCACUAAUACUAGUAUUUCUGGGAACAUAUACAACAAGGUGGCGAGAACUGAGAGAUACCUUUUUUGAAGGUAUGGUAGACCAAGAAACUUACACGUCUUCGAAUGCCCAAGCUCCUUUGAUUAUGCAUGACCUUGAAAGUCAACAUUGA